GUUUUAGUAGUCUGUAAUGAAAAAUAAACAAUCAUAUUUUGAUAGACAGUGAGCAGUGAGUGAUACAAAAAAGUGUCGAUUAUUAAAUAAACUCUCAAGAUUUUUUCAUUUAAUUCCUAACAAAAUACUAGGAAAUAUGAGUAAUAUUAGUGUAACGAAAUCGUCUUCCGAGUUUGUGGUCGACAAAAAGACUGAAAAGGAGCCAAUGGAUCCUUUAAUUGAAGUGAACGAAAGUAUAGCCGAUCGCCCCUUAGAAGAAGGUGAAUUUCUUGAAAUUUCACCUAGAAUUUUCAGUAAAAAAAAUGUGAUAGACAAACUGACUAUAGAAUCUUUAAAUAAUGCCAUUUACGAGUUGGGUGUGGUGAAUUUGUGCUGGCCUGAAAUAACUGACCCUGUGUUUGAGACUCGAACGUGUUUUCCUAAAAGUUAUUAUACGAAUUCUACUAAAGAACGUCUUCUGUUGGCGUACGCUGAAAAUUUCAGACGGCAAUUUCAGUUUCACUACAAAGCCAGAAAACCUUUGUUUUUACAGGCGCCGAACGAAUGUGGGCUACAGAAAAUGGUGUGUACAUCAAUACGGCCAACCAAGCUAUGUUUCGAGGGAACAAACAGUUGGCAAGGAGUAGCGUCCCUGGUUUCAGAUUUCUUCGAUUACGAGCCCUUGACGAAGCCUAUGCUGCACUUUGUUACCGCUUCUUCUGCACUGACGCCUUGGAAGCGGCAGUAAACUUAGUUUUUAAGUAAUUUAUUUGACGUCAACCAAGUUGUUAAACCAUACGACAAUUA